AUGCCCGGGAGAAAGCUGAGCGGGGGAACUUUGGGGGACCCCAGCCCUCGGGAUAUUCCAGAGCUUGACCCUAAUGAUGCCCCCGACCGUGAUCCUCGGGAUAUCCUGGACCCCGACCCUAAUGAUUCCCUGGACCCCGACCCUGGGGAUGCCCCGGACCCCGCAUCAUCCGGGGGUGAACGGCUCGGCUCGGCCUGCACGCUAUGGAGGUUGUUUACAUCCCGGAACAACCCGCCCCAGCUCGGCCUGCACUCUCUGAGGGCUGUUCACACCCCGGAACGGUCCCGCUCGGCCUGCACGCUGGGGAGGUUAUUCACACCCCGGAACGGCUCGGCUCGGCUCGGCCUGCACUACCUGAGGGGUCGUUUACAUCCCGGAAUAACCCGGCUCGGCCUGCACUACCUGAGGGUCGUUUUGAACCGCUCCGAGAGCGACAUCAAGUACCUGCUGGGCUACGUGAGCCAGCACGGCGGGCAGCGCUCCACACCGCUCAUCAUCGCCGCCCGCAACGGGCACGCCCAGGUGGUGCGGCUGCUGCUCGAGCAUUACCGCGUCCACACGCAGCAGACCGGCACCGUCCGCUUCGACGGCUUUGUCAUCGACGGGGCCACCGCGCUGUGGUGCGCGGCCGGCGCCGGCCACUUCGAGGUGGUCAAGCUGCUGGUGAGCCACGGCGCCAACGUCAACCACACCACGGUGACCAACUCGACGCCGCUGCGGGCGGCCUGCUUCGAUGGGCGGCUGGACAUCGUCAAGUACCUGGUGGAGAACAACGCCAACAUCAGCAUCGCCAACAAGUACGACAACACCUGCCUGAUGAUCGCGGCCUACAAGGGCCACACGGACGUGGUGCGCUACCUGCUGGAGCAGCGCGCCGACCCCAACGCCAAGGCGCACUGCGGGGCCACCGCCCUGCACUUCGCUGCCGAGGCCGGGCACCUGGAGAUCGUCAGGGAGCUGGUCAAGUGGAAGGCGGCCAUGAUGGUCAACGGGCACGGCAUGACGCCGCUCAAAGUGGCCGCCGAGAGCUGCAAGGCUGAUGUGGUGGAGCUGCUGCUGGCUCACGCUGACUGCGACAGGAGGAGCAGGAUCGAAGCUCUGGAGCUGCUGGGGGCCUCGUUUGCCAACGACAGGGAGAACUAUGACAUUUUGAAGACUUACCACUAUUUAUAUUUAGCCAUGCUGGAGAGGUACCGCGACAGCGAGAACGUCAUCGAGAAGGAGGUGCUUCCCCAGAUAGAGGCGUACGGGAACAGGUCGGAGUGCAGGACCCCUCAGGAAUUAGAGUCCAUUAGGCAGGACAGAGAUGCCCUUCACAUGGAAGGCCUCAUAGUGCGGGAGAGAAUCCUGGGCUCGGACAACAUCGACGUCUCCCACCCCAUCAUCUACCGGGGCGCCGUCUACGCCGACAACAUGGAGUUCGAGCAGUGCAUCAAGCUCUGGCUCCACGCCCUGCACCUGCGGCAGAAAGGCAACAGGAACACCCACAAGGACCUGCUGAGGUUCGCUCAGGUCUUCUCGCAGAUGAUCCACCUGAACGAGCCCGUGAAGGCCAAGGACAUCGAGAGCGUCCUGCGCUGCAGCGUGCUGGAGAUCGAGCAGGGCAUGGCGCGCAUCAAAACCACGCCGGACGCCGACAUCCACACGGCCCUGGACAACUACGAGUGCAACAUCUUCACCUUCCUCUACCUGGUGUGCAUCUCCACCAAGACGCAGUGCAGCGAGGAGGACCAGUCCCGCAUCAACAAGCAGAUCUACAACCUGAUCCACCUGGACCCGCGCACGCGCGACGGCUCCAGCCUGCUGCACCACGCCGUCAACUCGGGCACGCCCGUCGACGACUUCCACACCAACGACGUGUGCAGCUUCCCCAACGCCCUGGUCACCAAGCUGCUGCUGGACUGCGGCGCCGACGUCAACGCCGUGGACAACGAGGGCAACAGCCCGCUGCACAUCAUCGUGCAGUACCACCGGCCCAUCAGCGACUUCUUGACGUUGCACUCCAUCAUCAUCAGCCUGGUGGAGGCCGGCGCCCACACGGACAUGACCAACAAGCAGAAGAAAACCCCUCUGGAUAAAAGCACCACCGGGGUGUCCGAAAUCCUCCUUAAAACUCAAAUGAAGCUGAGUCUCAAGUGCCUGGCUGCCCGCGCCGUGCGGAUCUACAACAUCAGCUACCAAAACCAGAUCCCCAGAACUCUGGAGGAGUUUGUCCAGUUCCACUAGGCCGUGUCCAACCUUUUGUGGUGGUGCUAUCCAGGGACAACACCAGACAGCAAAAUACACCCGUGUCCAUGAAGUUGUUUUUCUCCAUUCCUUUGGUUUUGGGUUCCUCUGGAUUCCGUCUGCAGCCCCAGUUCUCGGGUGGAGAUGGUGGAGGGCGGGGGCAGGAAAAGCCACACUGUCCUGUAGUCGAAUCUGAUGUUUGAGAUUUUGGCCCUUUUAUCUUUUUUUUUUUUUUUUUUUAAAAGAAUCCCUUCCUUAGCUCUUGGUUUUCUAAACACCACGAAGAGAAUCCCCGCAGGUAACUCCCGUCGAACGUUUCGUGUCCGACACGAUUCGCAAAAUUGGAGUUUCAAACUCCUCGCAGUGAGGUGGGAAAAGAAAAAAUUGGGAAUUCUGUGGUAGUUGGGUUAGAAGGGGAGUGUCCAUCCCCAGGGCAGCGCGUUGCUCUCGUACCUCACCGUGCUUUUAUGCCUUUCAGCUCGUGCUGAAGAUGUUGGUAACAUUUUAAAAGUCGCGUUUUGCAUCAAAAUUCCCUUUUGAGCAGCAGUUAUCAACAGCUACAGACGUGAGGGAUGCUCUGUUAGGAAAUGCAGGUGGAAAAUUCAGCUCUGAGGGGGCUGAAUUCCAUCACCAAGCUCUUCACUGGCGCUGCUCCAGUAAGCAUUGGAUAACCUAUGGACAAAAAAAAACUUCCAAAAUAACCGGAAUCAUCGUUUCUUUUUCCGUAGCGCCAUCACUCCUAUCCAAACAUCAUGCAUGGAUCCCUAGAAACUGGGUAGGGAAAUUUGUGUUUGUGUGUGUCCCAACAUUUCAAACUGCUUUUAACUUGGGGUUUUUUGUUUUGUUUUGGUUUUUUUUUUUUUUUCCCUGUUGUUUCGACGCUCAACACGCACCUUUAUUUUUAUUUUUUUUUUAUUUUUUUUCGUGACUCAAAGUCUGUCCAGCUGCACUCUUGGAUUCCAGAUGCUGUAUCUUCCUCACGGAGCCGUCUGCCGCCAAAGAGAGUCUUCCUUGAACCUGGCUUUUCCAAGAAGCGUUGGAGUCUGUGCCUCCCUGAAUGGGACUCGAGGAUUUUUCAUGGUUUUUACUCCUUUCAGUAGGGAA